UCCAGCAUGUCGCUCGACGUCUCCCACCCGGCCCUCACCGCUGCCCGCCAGGCCGUCGCGGACCCCUCCGACCCGACGGCGUGGUUCCUGCUGCAGUACAACCCCGACUCCCCCGGGCCUGGGUUCCUGCUGCAGUACAACCCCGACUCCCCCGGGCCCCAGGCGAUCCCCCUCGACUCUGGGCCCCUCCCCGUCCUGCCCGCCUGGCACAGACACCUGCGCGAGACAGGCCAGGGUGUCCUCUUUGGCUAUGCAGAGAUCGCAAACAAGGGCCUCGUCCUCGUCUACCUGCCCCCAGAUGUCGGCGGCGUCAAGAGAGCCCGCGCCAUCGUCCAUUCCCGCGCCAUCGCCAACAUGUACCCCGAGUACUCGGCCCUCAUCACCAUCGCUGACCCCGACGAGCUGACGGAAGAGCUUGUGUCGGAACGGCUCGGGCUUGGGGUGCCGGCGCCGCUGGACAAGGCAAGGGUGGAGAUCCCAGGUGGGGACGGUCCGAAUCCACUGGCCCCGGGCUUGGGCAGGGGGAUCCCGCUUCAGAAACAGAGGGAUGCCACGCCGAUGUCUGCGGCGGCGGUGGGAUCAGAGACGGGUUCGCCGUCGAGGGUCAACUUUUCCGAACGGCGCAAACCUCCUCCACAGCUCUCUGCUCUCGGCCUGGGGACGCCAUCCGAACCCGCCUCGUCCUCCCCAUCCCGCGCGCCUUCUCGCUCGCCAUCCCGUCCGCCGCCCGAGCCGCAGGCUGUCGCCGUCCCGUCGGUGGAACAGCUGAAGGAAAAGGAAAAGGACGACCGGAACCGCAAACCGUCAUUCACUUCCCGCCUCAAGAAUACAUUCCACCGCUCAUCCCCGUCCAUCGAAGAUACACCCGCGUCUUCACCGUCCAAUACCGACAAACCCACGCCGCUUACCCCGACGAGCCCGUCCUCCCCGAGCAUGGGUAGUGCCCGGUUCAAGGCGGCCUCGUUGGGCAAGGUGUUUUCGAAAAGGAGAGGGGGGACGGGGGAGACGCCGCCUACGAGUCCGAGGGCGGACGGCGGGUUUGGAGAAGGCGAACCCCCGAGGCCUAUCAGCCAUGAUUUCAGCCCCGCCGCCGGCCCGGCCCUCCCCCCCAAAGACACCUCUUCCAUAUCCCAAACCUCCUCAUCCCCUCUGGCGCCUUCCGCUCCCUCGCUCCAUGCGGUGCAUGGGCACUCGCCUUACCCCACCGCGACCCCUCCUGGAGGAGCCCCGCCAUUACUGGGCCCGCCUGUACCGCUCGUAUCGAGAGACAGCACAAAGAGCGAAGCUGCGAGCUACUAUCAGACCCCCCUGGGCUCGCCUUCGCCUGAAGACGAAAAUGAAGAGAUCGUGCCGAAUGCGAGGUCGACGUCGCUGCUUACGCCGGAAGCAGCUGCGCCCCCGGGUGGUGGUGGUGGUGGUGGUGGUGGUGGUCUCUCGCCGUCGCCUUCUGCUCGUCAGGUGUUGUAUGACGCGCGGCAGAAGAGUUUGGAUAAGGAGCGCGAGAUACAGGAGCGUUUCAGGCGGGAUCUGAGCGAGAAGGAGAAGGAUCAGAAGGAUGACGGGGAUGACGUGAAUGGGCAUGGGCAAGGGCAAGGGGGAAGUGAUGGGUAUGAGAGUAGUACCCGGCUGGCGUAUGAUGAUACGGAUACGGAGGAUGAGAGGGGCAAGCCGACGACAGCAGGGGAGAGGGAGAGGGUGGGGGUGGCUGUACCGCCGUCGCUGGGUGCGCUGCCGGCAUCGCCUGUAGAUGACGUGCCGGGUGGUGGGACGUCGCCGGGGCUUGUGGGGAGGGGCGCUUUCCCUUCGCCUCCCCCGCCUAAUGGACAGAGUCUCCCAGAGGUUCCAGAGCCUGAGCCCGAGCCUGGGGUGGAAAAGAGAGAAACGCACGAGCUGGAAGAAGCCCAGCAGCAAGCCAUGAUGCGUGCUGAAAUGUCUGCUCUGCAUACCGAGCAACAGGCGGAGAAGGAGGUUGCGGAAGAGGCUGAAGAUCCGAUAGAGAGGGAAGGGGCGGAAGAGAAGGCGAGGGCGGAUGGGGAGAUUGAGGAGAGGGUGAGAGUGGAGUAUGAGGAGAGGGUGAGGAGGGAGAGGGAGAGGGAAGAGGAGGAGAGGGAGAGGAGGAGGGAGGAGGAAGAGGCGAGAGAGAGGUAUUUGGCUGAAGAAGAGCGGAGGAGGGAGGAGGAAGAAGAGGAGAGGCGCUUGGCUGAGGAGGAGAGACUGAGAGUUCUGGCGGAAGAAGAAGAGCGUCAGAGGUUGGAAGAAGAAGAGCGGGCCGAGCGUCAGAGGCUGGAAGAGGAAGAGCGGGCGCGGGUGCAGGCGGAACAAGAGAGAAAACGGGAAGAGGAAGAAGCUUUGGCAGAGAAGAAGAGAGCAGAGGAGGCAGCGCGGGCAGAGAAGAAGAGGGCGGAAGAGGAAGCAGAGAGGCAGAGGAUUGAGGAUGAGUUGGCGAAAAAGCAGGCGAUCAGGGAUGGGCUCUUGUCGGGCAAGAGGGAUGGCGGGGUGAUGCUCAGAGGGUGGGUGACGGCGCAGACGUACAAAUCAAUGACAUGGCGACGCCGCCACUUUCAACUCUUGCCGACUGAAAUGAGACUGUUCAAAAACGAAGGUGACGCCAAGCCCAUACAGACGAUAUUCUUUGGUCCCUCUACGACGAUCUCGGAGGCAUACGAAGAAUCCCAAGUCAAGGACAGUUUCAAAGUCAUCUCGUCUUUGCCCGAGAAGGGUGAUGAAGAGUUCUUUCUGUUUACAGAUUCGGCGGAGGACAAGGAGGUGGUGUUGGAGGGGAUCAGGCUGUGUAUAUAACUUGCUGUAGGGUAUGCAUGUGAAUAGGAUGCGCAAGAUGUAGCUUUUUGACUGGG